GUGACCAUGCUGACGUCAAGCUGGAGAGGCAGACGGGCAGAGGAGCGAGUUAGUUUGUGGGUUUUUAACGUACCUCCUGCUCAGACGAGGCGUCUCUGGGAGUCUGUCAGUCACCAUUAGCUCUGUCUCAGUCGCUCAGUCCGUGUUCUCCUCCCCCCUGUGCUGUUGUUCCCCCUCUCUCUCUCUGUUGCUCUGUUUCUUUCUGGUCUUUAUUCUUGCCUGUUGCUUCUUCCUCUGCUGCUCCUGCUGCUUCCACAAACUUGAGUCUUGAGAGAAAGUGCUGGGUGAUGGACUGCUGAACGGCUUGCUACAAAGUGAGCUGUGAGCCAAGUGAUUGACCAGACCUACAGACAUGGGGAAGCAGAACAGCAAGCUCCGUCCGGAGGUGAUGCAGGACCUCCUGGAGAGCACUGACUUCACCGAGCACGAGAUCCAGGAGUGGUACAAGGGCUUCCUGAGGGACUGCCCCAGCGGGAACCUCUCCAUGGAGGAGUUCAAGAAGAUCUACGGCAACUUCUUCCCCUAUGGAGACGCUUCGAAGUUUGCAGAGCACGUCUUUCGCACAUUUGAUGCCAAUGGUGACGGGACAAUAGACUUCCGGGAGUUUAUCAUCGCACUAAGUGUGACGUCACGUGGCAAGCUGGAGCAGAAGUUGAAAUGGGCAUUCAGCAUGUACGAUUUGGACGGAAACGGGUACAUCAGUAAAGCUGAGAUGCUGGAGAUUGUUCAGGCGAUCUAUAAGAUGGUGUCCUCUGUGAUGAAGAUGCCUGAGGACGAGUCGACACCUGAGAAGAGGACAGAGAAGAUCUUCAGGCAGAUGGACACCAACAGAGACGGUAAGCUGUCUCUGGAGGAGUUCAUCAAAGGCGCAAAGAGCGACCCCUCCAUCGUCCGUCUGUUGCAGUGUGACCCCAGCAGCGCCGGACAGUUCUAAAGCCGAGGCAUCAACACAACCUUGCUUCUUUGGGUGACUCCAAAUGCCCAUAACUCUCCACUAUGGAGCAGACUGAUGAUGAAGAAUGACAAGCUGAUGACGAUGAAGAAGACAGGCCUUCAACAUGCACUGAGGACAUCAAAUACGGGCACGGGAGCCAAAUUCUCCAGUUUACUCCCCCCAUGAGCUGUUUAUCUAAACCCUCCUAACCCAAACAAAGACUGAACCUGAAGACUCUCCCAAACCUUCAUCAGGUUAUCCACUCCCACUGAUUGUAGUUGACCAAGGACCCCUCAGUUCUCCUCUAGGCACGUCAGAGUAUAGCGAAGGUCUACAGUAGGUUGUAUAUAUACAGUAUAAACUGGAGUCUCUGUAUCAGUGUCUUUGCUUGGCUCUCUGUGCCCCUCGAAGGCUCCAGCCAGAGCGACAGAGCCUCCAUCACUCUAACG